CUGAGAUCUGGUGAUUGCCAUUCUACGAAAACCCUAACAGCAAAGAGAAGACUAUUCCUUGCAUUUGGAUCAGUUCUGUUUGCAAGCUGUUCUUGUUGAGUAGUACAUGUGACCGGUGACCAUACGGCUCCCGGCCCUGGACGUGAGCUGCAAUGGCCGAUCGCAUAACGCAGCUACAGGACUCGGUCAAUGUUCUGGCGGAACACUUCUGCAACAGUGUGGGCGUGCUGAGCACCCAGGCAGAGGUCGGGCCCGAGGCGGAAGCCAAGCGCAAAGAGGUUGCAGAGAUGUUCUCCAAGCUAAUCUCGCAGACGGCGCGUGACGUGGAUUUCCUGAUCCAGGCAUUGCCCAGUGCUCAGAGCACGGUGGAGAUCCAGAGUGAGACGCUGGAAAGUUUGGAAACGCAGAACACAGCUGCAGCGCAGCAGCUGCGAGACCUGGUGCAGGCUGGUGAAGUGCUCGGCGAUGAGGUGAAAACUGCGUUGACCGAUCUAGUUGAUCAUCAAUUUGAAUUGUCCAAGUUGACAAAAGACAAACAGCCAGACUCCUAACGAUAUCAGCACUGGAUCUGGGUAUUCAUCUAGUUUAGGGUCCCAAAUUAUUUCGCACUUUCCCAGUGUUCUGUGUACUUUCUAUGUACUGACAAAAGACAAACAGCCAGACUCCUAACGAUAUCAGAUCUGUGCUGUACUGUCUCUCUCUCCUGGUACUGGCUACGAGUAGAUCUAUGCUAUCUGUACCGUGCUGCCCAGUACUAGUAGAUCUAUGCUAUCUGUACCGUGCUGCCCAGUACUUGUAGAUCUAUGCUAUCUGUACCGUGCUGCCCAGUAGAUCUAUGCUAUCUGUACCGUGCUGCCCAGUACUAGUAGAUCUAUGCUAUCUGUACCGUGCUGCCCAGUACUAGUAGAUCUAUGCUAUCUGUACCGUGCUGCCCAGUAGAUCUAUGCUAUCUGUACCGUGCUGCCCAGUAGAUCUAUGCUGUAUUGGAUAGUGUAUCUGUACAGUGCUGCCUGGUAGACCUAUGCUGCAUUGGAUAGUAAAGUAAUAGAUGCGCACAGUACGUCCACCACAAGUUACGAUGUAGCUACACAUGUCGCCACGUGCUGUGGUGCACACUUGCACGCGAUGCAGUGCAGAUGUGCAGUACCAAAACCAGCACAAAACAGACACAGACGUCGAGCAUUCAGUGUACCCGUGUACCGUGCUGCAUGGUUCACUACGCAUUCGUGUGUGUGCUGGUCGUGACUGCCUGGAGUGGACUGUUGUCGUGUUGAUGAAUCACUGCUAUGGGAGUAUGAGAUCAUGACGUCAUGAGUGAGUUCACUAUCAUCA